GCUUAAUUUCUUUGUGUUAAAACCAACAGUUAAAAAUAUCUUUGAAAUGGAACAAGAUUUACUUGAAGAAUUUUCUGAAUUGUCUCAAUCUGAAACUACUAUUAAAAAACGUAAAACUGGAAAGACAAGUUUACAAAAAAUAGUAGUAAAUCGAGGUGGGCAUCCAAAAGCUCCUAUUUGGGAAGAUUUUAAUCUAAGCGAAUCUGAUGGAAAAGGACAUUAUGGUGCAGCAUGCAAUGUUCCUGAAGAAAUAAGACGUCGUUGGUUAAUUAAAGUAGCAAAACGAAAUAAUAAAACUAAUGUUGAAACUAGUGAUAAUGAAAAU